GGAGGUGUGAUAAAAAUGUGCAGCUAUUUCAAAUCAGUUGUUUUGCUUUCACCAGGCUUUGUGAUUCUAUUCUGGAACAUAUGCAAAGCUGAAUUUGCUGGAGAAGUACUGUGCAAUGAAGUUCUCUUAAAGGCAUUUGGGAGGCUAUGCCACCCUCAGGUUCUGCCACCACCUGGCCGUGUUGCAGCUUUGCACACAACGGCAGCACUGCAGAAGAACCGGGCAGGUCGCUACAAGGUGACACGCAAUCACAACAAGCCACUGACCUAUGAGAUGUCCAACCCACCUCACCAGAUUGCCCACCGCAAGGCGUGGAACUCGUGGAACACUAGCAACCUGCAAGGGGGCUUGCGGCGUUCCGAGACACUUGUGGAAGACAUGUUCAUUCGCAAAUUCAUGACUGGCACAUGGCACCGAAUGUUUGUUUCGGAGAUCCUCAUCAAGCGUCGAGCCAACAUGAUCUUUAUUGGAGGCAUCGUGCAAAGGGUGGUGAUUCCACGCAAGAUGUACUUCCUCAUCGGCUACACUGAGGAGAUCCUCAGCUACAUCCUCAAGUGCCCUGUCAAGCUGGAACUACAGUCGAUUGCUGACCGCAAGGAGAUGAUCUUCAAAUACAUCUAGGAGGUGUGCUUUGUGUAUCCAGUGGUUGCAUUGUGUGAGAACGUAGAAAAAUAAUUGCCCUGGAUGAGAUCAGAACCCAAGCACUGAUGACUACCUUGCUUUUGUGCCAUGCUGCCAACGCGUACCCUUGACCCUUGUUGGAGCAGGUCUUCUACUGUGGCGUAUGCUUGCACUCUGAAAAACAUGUUGAAUACUUCAGGUCAUUGCAUUUCAUUAAAUUGAACUAGGAUUUACUCUGGACUAUCCUGCAAGAAAGUUUUUGGGUAGUGGCAACUUUUCUGGAUUAUAUAUAUAUAAAAAAAAAUAUGUCACUUGCAUUCAACAACAGCUAGCAUUUGAAAUGGGGCAGUUGUUCAGAGAAGAGUAUUAAAACCAAGGCACGCACACCAGAUUCUCUGUACAGUAAUUUCUAACUACAUAACUGUUGACACGUUUGAUUUAAUGCACGUUUGUGCAUUACAAAUGAACUAGUAUAAAUAAAUAAUGAGUUGCUAGAGUUGGAUUUAAUUUUGUGUACUGCAUUUGAAAUCAGAUAGACUAAGAAGGGGCCAUUUCUGGAUUUCUGACAUUACAUGUGCUUUGUUGCACUCAGUGCUUUACAAAGGCUCAUAAUUUUUUCACACUAACUGUGGUAGAAUUUUAGAUGAGACCAUUUUGCAUCAAGUGACAUACUUGGCAAAUAUAAAAUGAGCACAUUAUUUGUUCAUGCCUGUGCGUAUCCUAUGCAAACACCUUCUGCUGGCCUAAAAGUGUCACCUAGGUGUCGAAAGUGUUUGCUACUCUGUGAAAGCUUCAUACUUAAGCAGUGGUAUUGCAGCUUUAAUUAUUUAAAAAUGAGUAUUCUCUAGAAGGGACCUGGAUUCUCGCAUGCAGUACUUGUAGUGUUGCAUUUUUAGUUUGUCGGAAGGCAUACUUUUUUCAUCCCAAGAAAGGCUCAAACAUUAUUAAAAACUUGCAAUUAAUUGUGAACUUUAUUAGUGUGUUUAGUGCAGUUCAUCAGAUCUUGGUAGCUGAUAUUUCCUUAUGUGUUUUCAGGGGAUGUUCUAAUAAUGCUUCUUCAAAUUUCUGGGUAGCUGGUGCAGCACAUCCCUGGAACUUCCCAACCCUACAGCAGCACUUGAUGUGCUAUUUGUGACAAUUGCUUGGGCUAAGAACUAUGUAAAAUAAAGUUAAUCUCUCAUUCCGUCCUAGGUUAAAUAAAUUUGUUUAUUGUUGCAGCAGCCAGGAACAACUGUAGUGUAACAUCUCUCAGUAUGGGUGCAUUUAGAAUGGUUGCUUGUAGCUGUUGAUUGUUAGUGUUCUACAGACUGCAAAUGUUUAUGCUUCUGCUGUGACCAGUGAGCGCAGGAUUAUGUGUACAGUCAUUCACUACUGUUGGUGUGUACAUUGUGAGUAGCAUAAGAUUAUUAACAAACAUGCAGUGAAUGAAGGCGUUUGUAUAUAUAAAUAAAAUCUUACCAUUAUUUACAUGA